UUAAACUGAAAAGAAGAGAGAAAUUCCAUCAAAUAAAAAAAAAAAUACUUUACACGACACACAACAAAGACGAAAAGGACAUACCUUUAACGUGUGAAUUUUGUAUUUUUUGUUGUGCCCUUUUUGUGAGUCAUCUCUGUUUUGCUGCUGCUAGCUGCUGAUUCCUGUUGAAAGAAAAAUAAGGUAUUUUUCGGAUUCAUCUAAACAAAAAAAAAAGCAAAAAAACGUAAAGAGCAACAGCAACUUCAACACAGCACAGUAGCGCGCAUUAUAUUGUAGAAGGAGCAUAUCACAUUGGCAUUGAGAAGAGCAAAGAGGAAAUACGAGUACAUAUUUGGCUAAGCUAAAAAGAUAUUUUUCUUUUACCUCCCAUCUGUUGCACGAUACUUGUAAUUCUGGAAAUUUAAGAGUGGUGUGUGAUGUGCAUCAGUUUGAGCAGUGACUGCAAAAGGAGACACUUCCAAGCAACAACCUGAAGCGCAGUAAAUACUUUUUUUGUAUGCCGCCUAUACUCAGCAAGCUAGCACAAUGAAUACCGAUGGCAUUUGAGUAUCCCUGAGAGCUGGAACUACUCGUUUUUCAUAUCCAUCAGCAUCCGAUAUUAUAUUGUCUUAUCGCAAUUGGGUUCCUGUGACACAACACUCACUCUGUGAGAGACUUCAUAAUUGAACUCAUGAACAUUGAGUAACUGGAGAAACUUCCAGCACUCGUCAUAUUGCACACUUUUUCAUAAAGAAAAAAAACCUACAACAACAACAAAAAAACCGAAAGUGAUAUGUAUCCAUCAGCGAAAUUUUCCGCUCGGCCUCCAUCGCCGCAAUUUGUAAAUUUCUCACCACCCUCAGAUUAUCCAUCUGCGGUGGCAUCGUCAUCUACAUCAUCAGCUCCUCACCAUCAUUCAAUGUCGAUGCGACAUCCUAAAUCGUCGUCUAAAAGCAUGAUGAUGGGCAGUGACGGAGACAGCAUUUCCAGUGGAGGAGGUAGAAUGAUCUCGUCAAACACAAUAAGUGGACGAGGUGAUUUAAUAUUUCCCGACGACAUCGAAAGCAUAGAGUUUUGCAUCCCACCAUCGAACGAUAUGAUGCGAGCUGCCACUAAUGCCUGCCAUGGUGACUCGUUUUCGGAACGUCGAAGAAGAGGACACAGUAGAAGAAGUAAUCAAAAAAUUGACACAGAAAAACAGGUUAAAUGGUCAAGAAAAAAUCUAGCGGCGGCGACAAUGGAUAGAUUCGAAACGAAUCAACCUUUAGAAUAUGGUUUUGCUGCUGGAGUUGUAGCGCCAAAUAUACCACCAAUGGCAAUGACUCCAUCAACAUCGGCUAUGACUCCAUUACACCAGUCAAUGCCAGGAACGCCACAGCAACAACAACAACAGCAACAAGCACCCAUUAAUCAUGUCUACUCGUAUGCAUACUACGAGCCUGGUGCUGCUAAAUGCCAUACGAAUAUACCUCACAAAGAUAGGCUAUCACCAAUUCUGCCAAUUCCUGGCCCAUCAAAGAGCCCACCGAGAAAUUCCAUCCGAGCACUAUUAGCGAAAAGUUUCCGUUCGAAAACAUUCAAUGCAGCCAAUUCAUCUGAAGAACGACAUACAUACACCACCCGUUACGGAACCACUGAAAAUCUUUACGAAGAAGUUAAUGAACAGAAAAUUCGCAAAGUCUUAUCGGACAAUCGAAUAGGCUCAGCUAAUACUGGUGCUGUUAAAGAAGAAUUGCGUCGCGUGCAGCAUAACCAUUUUCGUGUCCUUGACGAGCUUAAUUUGUCGCUAGAAGCACUUAUCAUGCCGCCAACCCCACCUGAUAUAAGUCCCACCCAGGAAUCAUCGUCGGAGAAGCAACAGCAGCCACCAGUGAUGUCCCAUACCAGUUUGGAGAAUCUGUCCAGCACAUUGAACUCGAUUGAACUGAAGGACCAUACCUGCAUCAAUCCGGAAUUCGAUGAGGGAGAUCUGGAUAGCGGAUUCAGUGGCAGUGGUAGUAGUAGUGGUGCUAGUUAUAAUGAAAGCCUUAGAUAUUACAAAACAGGUACACAAUCUGUGAUGCAUACAACAACUCUGCCACAUAAUCUAAGAAGUUGUCGGUCGUCAACAGCCUCUGGUACAUCCACAUCAAAGAGCAGUAUGAAUUCAUCAGAGGAUCAGGGUAUUGGCAUGCUAACAACAACAAAUACGUCUUCCUCUCCAUUUAACUACAACAAUCGUCGAUGUUCAGAUACUCAACGGUCGUCGGCGAGGUCGGCAUCAGCAUCGGCAACUGGUACGAAACCGAAGAAAAACUUUUGGACGAUAAAACCGUGAUGCUAUACGACGGCCAUAAGAAAAUUCUGUCGCAAAUGGAGUAUUGUGGUGGAAUAUAAUUCGAAGACUGCUUCAUGCCAAGUAAUUCAGUAUCACUGUUCAAUGAAACCAUCAACAUGUGGAGAUAUUGAAGAUUGUAGACAGCCAUUUUUUUGUAAAUAAAUCGACUAAACAAAUAGAAACAAAAUCGUUUUUUUGGAAUAUUUAUGCUGAGGAAGUUUAGGAUACUUAUUCAAAAAUAGAGUUAAUUAAAUUAAUGAAUUGAACCUGAAGUAAAAAACUGCCUACAACUUAAAAAAAAAAA